AUGUCGGACUCAAAACUUUUCCAGCCGCUCAAGCUCACCUCCUCCAUCACCCUCAAACACCGCAUCGCCAUGGCGCCACUCACUCGCUUCCGAUCCACUGACGAGCACGUUCCAAUUGUUCCUCUCAUGAAGGAAUACUACUCACAGCGCGCCUCCGCCCCCGGUGGGACUCUUUUGGUAACAGAAGGUACCUUCAUCUCCCCCACCGCUGGUGGUAUGAACAACGUCCCGGGUAUUUGGUCGAAGGAGCAAAUCGCUGCUUGGAAAGAGAUCACAGACGGCGUCCAUGCCCAAGGCAGCUUUGUCUACCUCCAACUCUGGGCGCUUGGCCGUGCCGCCCUCGGUGACGUCGCCAAGGCGGAGGGCUUCACCGUCAAAGCACCCUCAGCCAUUGCCAUCCCAGAUACCGACGGUGUUGUUACCCCAGAAGAGAUGACAAUCGACGAUAUCAAGCAGAAGAUCGCCGAAUACGCCCAAGCCGCCAAGAACGCUAUUGAGGCCGGUUUUGACGGCGUUGAGAUCCACGGUGCCAACGGGUACCUUGUUGAUCAGUUCAUCCAAGAUAACUCGAACCAGCGUACCGACGAGUAUGGUGGUAGUAUCGAGAACCGCUCCCGCUUUGCCGUCGAGGUUGUUGACGCCGUUACUGCCGCCGUUGGAGAGGAGAAGGUCGGCAUCAGACUCAGCCCUUGGAGCGUCUUCCAGGGCAUGAAGAUGAAGAACCCGGUUCCCCAAUUCUCCGAUGUCAUCAGAAAGAUUAGCGAGAGACACCCCAACAUGAGUUACCUGCACUUGGUGGAGACUAGAAUUGCUGGCAACAGAGAUGAGGCGAACGACAACGAUGAGGAGAGAUUAGACUUCGCGUUGGAUAUCUGGAAGGGGCCAGUUCUCAUUGCUGGCGGGUUGACACCAGAGACUGCCAGGAAGCUGGUUGACGAGGAGUUGAAGGAGAGGGAUAAUGUGGUGACGGUAUUUGGCCGGUACUUCAUCUCCACGCCAGACAUCGUUUUCAGAAUCCGGGAGGGUAUCGAUCUGAACCAGUAUGACAGGUCGUCAUUCUACAUUCCCAAGAGCCCCAAGGGGUACAUUGAUCAGCCAUUUAGCAAGGAGUUUGAGAAGGUUUACGGCCAGGGGAUCAAGGCUUGCAUUUAG